UCUCCCAUUUGAUCCACCUCUCAAACCUACCCUUCCCGGCGGCGGCGGCGGCGGCGGCGCAGGAGCAGCAGCAGCACGCGAAGAUGGUGAAGUUCCUCAAGCCCGGCAAGGCCGUGAUCCUACUCCAGGGCCGGUUCGCCGGCAGGAAGGCGGUGAUCGUGCGCGUGUUCGAGGAGGGCACCCGCGACCGCCCCUACGGCCACUGCCUCGUCGCCGGGCUCGCCAAGUACCCCAAGAAGGUGAUCCGCAAGGACUCCGCCAAGAAGACGGCCAAGAAGUCGCGCGUCAAGUGCUUCAUCAAGCUCGUCAACUUCACCCACCUCAUGCCCACCCGCUACACCCUCGACGUCGACUUCAAGGACGUCGCCACCGGCGGGCCCGACGCGCUCUCCACCCGCGACAAGAAGGUCGCCGCCUGCAAGACCGCCAAGGCUCGCCUCGAGGAGAGGUUCAAGACAGGCAAGAACAGGUGGUUCUUUACCAAGCUCCGCUUCUAGAUGCUUGGCGUCCCCAAUAGUGCCUGCUUUAGUUGCCGAUUUCUUGUAUUGGACACUCUCUAAGCUUAUCUCUGUUUUCGUAUUACCAUGAAGACUUCGUGUUUAGACCCGGGGCUCUCAGAGAUAAUUUUACUAAGAUGUGCUAUUGAUGUGUUAAAUGUUGUCAUGGAUAGAUCUGGUUUUAAUUUUGUUUGAAAUCACGGCUUGCGUGUUCUUAAAAUAUUUGGUCUUGUCGGUGCCAGAGCUGCAUCUUGUUACCGUUACACAACUGUUUAUCAAGUAUGGUCCUUUGUUUA